UACUCCGAUUUCGUGAAGAGAUAAGCUGAGCGAGCCGUGUUCUGUUUCGUGACAGCUGGUUUGUGGUUUCGUGAUACGGAUUCAAAUCAAAUCUAGCUGUGCUGGCUUUAUACUGGCUGAGCUCCAUCUUCAACGGGUGUUUUACAGCCCUUCACAUAUUAACUUGUAGGGAAACAUAGAAUCACUUGCUCACAGCAAUGUACAUGUGGAUUUUAGCUUUACUGCUUUUUGCGAAAAGUGUCCAAUGUGCCACGAAUUCGAAUGAGAAAUUGCAGUUCGUCCCUUCAUUACCGGUGGGAAAACCUUACAGCUUGACGAACGAAGAAGAUGCAUGGAGCUUAAAGGGGCUUUCUGAAAUCGCGAAUGGUAUAGCGCUGACAUUGAGAAGUCAUCCUCCAUACGGUGAGAUUUUUGUAUUUUUACUGACGUUUAAGAAAUGGAAAUACAGUCGAACCGGCCUCUUUUAAGCGGCCUCCUAAUAAUUAAUGGUGCGGUGACGAACUCAUGUACGGUCCGCGGUCCCGGUGAACAAAGUUUGUUGUUCGUAAUAUAAACAGAAUCUUAUCAAGCAGCCAAUAUUUAUGAAGAUGUCUCUUAUUGUCCCUUAAUAGAUCUUCGACCGUAUGUAAUCGUUGCCGGUACCCCCGCUUUUGCAUAGUGUCUUAUCGAGCGUUUUAUAAUUUUGUGGUCGUGUUAGGUCUAUUGUGUUCAAGUAGCAAAUAAUUGCUUAGUUGAAAAUUUGCAUGUUCGCUUUUUAAAACAAUAGAACAAACGAUCGCCUUUUUUUCAUUAGAAUAUUUUGGGUGGAUUCAUUUUCAACAUACGCGUAUCGCUGUCGCAUUUUUUUAAUUGUUUUUAAGCCUAAAAAGCAUCAAAACACUCCAACAUGCAAAUGCAAAAUCUACAUGCGUAUGUUGCAAAUCAAUCCAUCACAUAGUUAUUUUAAAUAAAGGAAAACUGUUUUGCUCUUUCCAAGCUAUCUUCAACCAGCUUUCGGCCUUCUAUAAAGAGCUAUAUGUGCUAUGAAAUUGAAGAAAAAGGACUGAUUACUUCAUACCAAAAGAGAGAAUGACAAGGUUUAUUCUGUAUUUCCGUUGCGGGUAAUCUUGCAUUUAAGGUUAACCCAAUAAAUAAUGGGCCUUUUGCAAAAGUUUGUCAUGUGAUCAACUUUCUGUAAGCACAAAAACUAUUCAUAAUUAAAAAAAUCUAUUUUAGUAGAAACUGAAAGGGACAUAUUAAAAUAAGGUAACUUUUAUAUAACUUUCGUGUGUACAUAUCUUAAGUAGCAAUUGCAAUGAAUGCUGCUCUUGCCACCCAGUCAGGGUUGUAAAUUUUGAAAUUUUCAAUGUGUCGUGGAAUCUUUCCCUUAUGCAUUUAAGGGCUAAAAUUUUCUGUUAUGAAUAAGAGAAAGUUUUAGCUGUGACGGUGGAAGUGGCAGCGAUUAACAGGUGUUUUGCCCUUACAGCAUGGCAUAUAACUGUCAGACACUGUAUUCAAGGGCCCCCUUCCACCUUGGCGAGUUUAAUGCAAUCCUUUAAGCACCAGCUCCACACAACACAUGUGGGAGCUGUUGGCUGGGAACACUCGGUAGUUCUACCACAGGAUGCACUGGGAAGGGGUUGAAUGAGCAUUAAUGCUGAUCAGUAUGUCAGUAAAUUCAAAUUUACAAGAAACCAACCCUAAAGCAAAUGACACACAGUGACCAGCCCCAAGAAGCCCCAAACUUUUCCUCCCACAAUGUUUGGUUAACAUACCUUUGUUUUUCUACGGGACAGUACAUACCUUGCAUUAAGCAAGGGUCCUGUGGUUGAUUUAUACAUUUAGUUUCCAGCUGCAUUAAAAAUUUUGACCAUUAAAUGUUAAAAGGUCCCCCCCCCCUGUCACUGCCAGCAUGUGGUCAUGGGUGAGAUUUUUGUGAAAAACAAUCUUCUUAACCUUUACAGUGCAUUUACUUGAACUGGGGCACAUAGAAGAAGAUUGUCCAAUCAAAAUGAUUUCUGUUAACAAAUGAUUCUCAAGUUUUUGGGCAAAUGGACCAAUAAUGUUCAUAAAAUUUGAGGGCUAUUUCUUGAGAGGACAGGAAGUUCAAAUUCAAACGGUUGCAUUGCUGACCCUUGAAUUUAAUUGGUCCAUUGCCAAAACACUUGGGAAUCCUUUGUUUUCAGAAAUCGUUGUGAUUGGACAAUCUUCUUCCAAGUGCCCCGGUUCAAGUAGUUGCACUGCAACUUUUAUGAAAUUUGUUUGGCUGUUUCUAUUUUUUUAACUUGUUAAACUUAACUGAUAUAACCUGUUUCUGCUUUUAUUUGCCAGAUAUUAUUGGAAACAUUUUGGAUAAAUCAUUUGGCAAAGGUGGUAAAUCACCUAGCAUCUCAGAGGUAAACCCCUUUACUCUCUGGAUUGGAUCAAUUCCUGUAACUCACUCAUGAUUGAUGGCAAUAUAUCUUCAUAACACCAUGACAACAAAAAAAUCAGAAGUAAAAUCAUCAGAAAUCUAAAAUUUUGACCUUGGGGGUGGGUCUUUAACUGUGUUAAAAAGGUGUUGUUAGUCAUGUCAUCUGUCAUUUGCUCCAAAAGAAUCUUGUAUAGGGCACUUUAUUAAGCGUGCACACUAUAAGUCUAUGGAUAUAUGCUUCAGAGAAGUGCUCCUUCACUGUAGUGGUGUCUUAGUGUCUAUCUACCAUUAAAGAUUUUCCUUAUACCCUUAACAGAGAUGUUUUAGUGGCAGGUCAUCCAUAUCCGUACCUUUUGCAGAUUUCAGAGGCUUCUUUGAGGUUUUUUCACCCGUCACCCUAAAAAUUGUCUAAGAAUGAGAUGAUUUGUCUGUGUAUAUGUACAAGACCUUUCUGAGGUUUUUGAGCUUUUCUUUGGAAAAAUGCGCCCUGCAAGGUCAUCUGCUGUACAAGGCCUGAGGGGUGUACUUGUAUGUAGUCUGCGACUCAGCGGCAGAAAUUACAUACUGAUGAUGUAAAUCAAUGUUUACACAAUAAAUCCUGAAGUCAUACGGUUUCAGAUGCAAAUUUGUUCAAUUUUAUGUUUCUCCUGGUCGAUUUUGGGAAAGUGUAGUGUCCAUCUGCCGGCAAGGAUCCAGCAAAACACAAAGGCUUCUUCUACCGAAGAAUAUGUUUUACAAAUAUUCACUGUUUUGUUUUAGAUUCAUUGGGUUUACAUUUGACCUUUGUAGCCUUUUGUCUUUUUUCUGUCAUUCGUAAACAAAGCUAAAACAAUUUAACUACUCUGUCGUCCAAUCAGUGUUUAUGACCAGAUUCCAGACAGAUUUUACGUCAUCAGUAUGGACUUUCUGUUGCUGAGUUGCAGAUGUUCCUCCUUGCGAAACGUCCCCAGUGGCGAGAAGCGAGGAGGUAAAGAAAAUUUAAAAUUUGAAUUUUGGUGAUGCGAUUGAAAACCCUACUAAGGACACUCCGUAAGUUUUAUUGUAAAAUAAUGUGAAUUUUGCUCCUCCCUCAAGGUUGUCUAUCUUAUUUUGCAGAAAAACAUUUGACAAUGCAAGUCUCUGCUUAGAAAUUCUAAGACACAAAUUGGCCUGUCCGUAGAUGUAUGUGUUUAUAAUUAGAUGUCGAGGCCCCACUGCAUGUCUCACCUACAAGGCAAAAUUUUGCCGUAAGUGGGGUGUACGUUGGUUUAAAAAAAAUAAACAAGUGUGUUCAGAAAGAAGAAUUUUGUAGUUAAUUUGAUGAGGUUUAUUUUAUCUUUGCAGGUUAUUGACUAUGAAGUUCCUCUGAUAGUUAUGGCCUCCCUUGCACUCUCUGCUGCUAUUAUCAUUCCCAUUGUUGGCCUUAUAUUCUGCUGUUGUCGUUGCGGAGGAAAGUGUGGUGGAAACGUAGAUGAUAGAAAACUUAAACUGCACCCCACUAAGGAAAGAAUAGCAUACUCUGUUGGCAUUCUUCUUUGUGCGUUCUUUCUAAUGUAAGUGUGACAUUUCGUGUUGGAUUAGACAAAAUGGGCAGAUUAUUGGUUGGUUGUACAUAAUACAAUUACAUGACAAUUGCUGGAACCUACAUAUUAUUUGAUUUGCCAAUCUUAGUCUUGCAGGGAGUUUUAUUCUAGCAUCAAGUGUCAGAAUGAAUGAUAGUAUCCCUAGAGCCAGAACUGUUUGGAAAGAUUCCUUUGGUGAUAUCCAGCUUUAUUCUGACAACACACUUGAGGUAACAAUUCGUUAUGAAACGUCUCACCAGUUAUUGAUAAGUUUGGCAAUUAGUGCCUGAAAGGUUGUUUGUGGACGUUGAUGUCAGCAAUUCAGACACAGCAGGGUUAUGGUAGCUAUGGGAGCUAGAUAAGCUGGUGGGGCCUGGGCUUGGGUUAAGAAUUAGAUACUAUAUGAAAGACAGGAGUUCUUUGAAGAUCUGCAGGACAACAGCACAAAGUAAAUUGCAGUAAAAUACCACAGGACAUGUUUGCAUGUCCUACAGGUCACGAAGGGACUGCUGUCUACAUUGACGUGGAGUGAUAUUAACUGAGUUUGCCUUUUGCAAUUAGCAUAUUGUAGGUUUAUGCGAUUACCUGCGGUACCGCUCUAACUAUAUAUUGUAAGUCACGUGAUAUAUGGUGCAAUAACUGUGUGAGAGCUAAGUUGCCAAGAUUUUGUAUAUUACAGCGGUGAUUGAAAUGUGUUUUGUUACCACCGUGUUUUACUGAAACUUAACAUUCGGACAUAACAUUGGUGGCAGCAUUAAAACAAACACGAACUUUCCGGAUACCUGUGUUCAGUGGUAAUAUUUUAAUAGUUAGCGCAUUUGAAUUCCAAUGUUUUUCUUUGUUUUCUGUCAAAAGUCUCCUCAUAUGUUUGCUAUCAUGUUUUCGCUUGUCUGCAAUGGUGGAAAACUCAACUGUGGAAUCAGGAUUCAAGGGAAUGACUUGUUGGACGCCAGUAAAUCCUUUUAAACUAGGGAAACUAUUUACAUCAGUCUGAUUUGUCUGUUGACCCGUCACUAAAAAUGGACCCUCCAAGUCGUAGAUUUCAAUGCCCAAACCCGUUUGCUUCGCUAGAUCCAUCGGUAAAUAUCGGCAGUGCAGGUCACCCAUUUCAAGAAAUCAGCAUAUGUCACCUGGAGCAGUUGACACGACUCUACUGAAGGCCUUGCAGAAACUUCUUGAAGAAUGUACUGAUUACUUGACUAACGUGAGGCUGAGAGCCCUUUCAGAAGGGGACUUAGGCACCACACAUAUGGUCCCGCACAGAAUCGAAAUGGACAAUGUGUUUCCAAUUAAACAACAGCCGCGACGAACCCCACCACUGAAAUAUGAUGAGUUUGAACGACAAGUAACCAACCUCAUACAGCAAGGAAAGGUGAAAGAAUUUGUCAAGCCCCUGGUCUUUUUCAGUUGUGGUGGCAACCCCAAAAAACGUCAGUCCAAGGCUGUGUGUGGACUGUCGCCAGCUGAAUACAUUGAGGGUAAGGGAUGCCCUCUGCUUACCGCGAGGUGAUUAUUCUCUUGCCACUUUAAGUGGCUCAUGAUGGUUUUCAACUUUGGAUCUUGCUAUGGGUUACUGGCAAGUGGCAAUGGACGCGGACACCCAGGAGAAGGCAGCAUUCGUACUUUCAAGUGGCUUUCACGGAUGGAAUGUGAUGCCUUUCGGGCUUUGCAAAGCACCCAGAGCAUUUACCAGAUUGAUGGAUCUUGUUUUGAAGGACCUGCAUUGGCAAAUUUGUUUGAUCUACCUUGAUGAAGUAGUAGUUAUGGGGCGUACGUUUGGAAAAGAAUUAGAGCAUUGGAAACAGGUGUUUGAGCGACUAUCCAGGGCAGGACUGAAGCUUAAGCGGAUGAAAACUUUUGUCUUCCAAAAACAGAAAUGGGUUUUGUUUCUCAAACAUGUGGUCACAGAGGGUAGUCACAGAGGAAGGCAUCGCUGCAGAUCCUGUAAAGGUAGAGCAGGUUUGCAUGUGGCCCACUCUGAGAAACAGCGUGGAGGUCAAAAGCUUUCUUGGACUUGCCUCUUACCACCUCUGAUUCGUCCUUGAUUUCCUAACCGUAGCUGUACUAGCUAACAGUAGCCAACACCCAUAAGUUUUCCACACCCUUAAGUGAGUGGCUCCUUACUAAGAGACUGUUUAAAAUGCUUUUUUGGUUUUCAACUGCAGGAACUUUAUCAUAUCGCAGUCAAAGAGGCCAUUCCUACAAUAGGCAAACUGUUGAAUGAUGUCAUUGGUAAGUAUUGGCGAGAAGAGUGCAAAGGGGAAGGAAAGUGAGUUAAAUUUCUCUUUUCAUUUGAUAUCUCUUAACCUUCAAUUCCUAUCUUCAAUUCCAGUUCGUGCUACUUUUAAAACUUCAAGGAAAUAAAUUUUUUUCUGCUAUCCACCCUUGCAGACCCAAGAGCCGCAAGGAAGUAGGGUAGAUGGGAUUUUCAUGUUCAAGAAACUCCUGUCUAGCUUCUUGGGCCUUCUUUAGCUAAAUUCCAUUGUUGAUGAAUAUCUAUUUGAAUGAUUGUGAAUUCGGAUGUGUGUCAAUUUACCUAAUUGGUUCUUUGGUAUGAGGUAUGGGGUGAAGAUUAACCAUCUACACGGAGAAUAUACCGUUAAUCCUCAAGCAGGCUACCUUAAAGAACAAGGAAUUAUACAUGUCCAGUUUUUUGUGGGACAGUUGACAGCAGGUCGUUAAAAUACAGUUUAUUUUAGCAGACAAAACUACUCUUUAUUCAAAACAACAAGCACUUUAUUGUAAAUUAACAAUAAAAUGAAUUUUUCAGUCGUUUUUUGUGUGGUUUUCCGUUUACGUCAGGUGCUGAUCACGCAACAAUAGGUUUGCUUUCUUUACCUGUUUCUUCGUCAUUUAAACGUAAAAAUGUAGUUUUCUACAAAACAUUUGGAACUUAUUAGAGGUACAAAACUUUGUGUCAACACUUUGUGACUAGUAACAAUAUUUCUAUUUUUAUCAGCACUUGUGCCGCCAAGCUUUGCUUUGUGUUGUCUGGAAAAGCAGUUAAAUCACUAUAGAGAAAUAAAUUUGUCUGUGGGACAACCUUACGAGUUUAUAAUGACGGCGUUGGCAGAAAUUGUUCAUGUAAAGGAAUAUGUUUUCUCUCAACUUUCUAUUGUUAUAAAGCUGUAAUUAUGUUGUCAGUAAAACGUUUCUGAGAUACAUGUUUUAUACAGGCACAAAAUUGACAGAUGGUUUAGAGAGGGAACUUGUUAUGAAACUUUUAUUUCUAGGGAAUAAACUUGUACGCAAGAGAGGUUAUUAAAAAUUCAUUCAUUCCCAUUUGAUUUUUUCAGCAAUGGCUGAAGAUAUUGUUGUACCUGUGCUUAAUCAAGGAGCACCUUUGUUUGAAAGUGUUUUCAACUCUGUUUUGGAUUGUUCCCAGGGUAGGUAUUUGGUCUGUGUAGUACAGUAUUCAUGUAACAAUUUUAUUUAUUCAGAGAUGCCAACCUCUUGAGAUCUGAAAUCUGAAAACAGGGUUCGCACAGCCUUGAAAAGUCCUUGAAUUUUAGGAGAAGUCCUUGAAUUCUAUUUUUCCUUGAGAAGUCCUUAAAUUUCUGUGCAAGUGCUUGAAAAGUCCUUAUAUUUUCUUCAACUUUUAAUAAAGUGGCAUGGAAAGUGUUUUUUGAUGCUUUUUGGUUGUCCAAAACAGAGUAUAAAUCAAAGCUCAGGGAAGUUACAUUUGUAAAGGUGAUCUACAUGAAGCCCUUUUUUGUUUUAUGCAAUUAUUAACAAUCAAUUUUAGACAAGUGAACCGAAAAAUGUAGCGAACUUGGUGGAGCAAACAGUUCAAGCCUUAAAGUCCUUUUCGAAAGGACUGGGAAUGGAAAUAUUUGUACAAUCAGUGAAAUUAGUUUCCUGUUAGGUAGUCCUUGAAAAUCGAAUGUGGUCCUUGAAAAGUCCUUAAAAACCGGUGGAAAUUUUUGUAUGAACCCUGGAAGACUUUCACUUUUGCAGCCCCCUUCCCCCCACCACUCUUAUUAUGUAACCCACCACAAGCCCCAUAAAACCCAACUUGUAUCCAUCCCCAAAAUAAUUUUUGUCAAGAUCCACGAUCUAAAUCAACAGUCGCUUUCUUAGCUGUAAUGUGAUAAGCGGUAAACAUAACUAUGUGCUGCCUAUGCUAUGCAGAAACAGCGUGUCCAAAAACGGUUUGGGAUUGUGGGAAAAAUUUGGGCUAAACUCAUGACUAUAGUACAGAAACGUAUCCUGCUCCUAUAGUACAGAAACGUUAAAAAGACAUUUUUAUCUGGGAGAUAAAGUGAUCUGUACGGGAGAGAGGGAGAUUUCCCAGGUAUCUUGAAGACUUAAUGGGAGAGUUGGCCUUACUGUACAAAAACUCUUUGUUUUAUCACCCUCAGGUAUAACUCAGUCUUUAGUUCUGUUGAGUGAGGUUGAAAGUGCUGUGCCAUCCUUGGUGUCAGUGAGCAGCAACAUCCAACGUGAGCUACAGAUGGCGCAGAAAAACCUUUCUGAUGCUGUCGCCCAGUGCAAAAAAGACUCAGGAGGAGGUGCAUGUGACUCAUUACCUGAAGGGAAUGAUCUUCAAACUGAAGCAAAUUUCACCAAGGUAUUGUAGUUUCCAGCGAUUCUUCUAGCAAGUCUCCCCAUGGGUUCUCUCAGAUCAAAACUAACAAGAUAGACGACUGCUCAAAUACAAUCCAGCAUCUAAAUGAGUCAUUAAGAGUCAUGCAUAACAUAAUGUGUAACACAAUCCUGCAUGAAAGAUGCGACACCAUACUAAACAAGACCGUGUCAUGCCAGGAGUGGAAUGUACAGUCAUAAAUAAAAAUAGCCUAUAUGAGUGUGUAUUGCUGUGAAGGUUACAAAGUUCUCUUUAGUCUGGGUUAGAUACAGAAAUCAGAAGGGUUUGCUCCAGAUUAAGGUAUCAUUAUUUUAUGGGAAAUUGAAUGUGAUAUUAGGAACAAAAAGGUUGAAAUUUCUAGUUAGCGGUAAGUUUGGGAGUGUGGAUUGUCUUGUUGCCUUGUUUAGAAUAGGGUUUGUAAAUUCAGCCUGACAUUGUCUAGUGCAAAUUCAUCAGUUUCUGGAAUGCGGCAGAGCCUUCUUCGCCCGUAUUGGAUUGAUCAGCCACAGCCGGACACACUGCACUAAAUCCCUCUCCUCAUGAUGUACUUGGUCAUGGUCGAAAACGAAUAAUACAGCAAGACCAGCAUUUCAAAAUUAUUUAGAGGCUCAUUUCUCUUUUUGUGUUAGGUCCCUAAUGUUACUGAUACACACAAGAAGGUUGAGGAUGUAUCAAAGACAAAUCUAACAGAUGAAGUUGUUAAGGUGUGUGUUACAUUUUCUCCUGAUAAGGCUCCCUUAUAGUCAUAUUUUGAUUAAGGGUCGCUGUAGAUCUAUACGCCAUAAAAUCAAACAGUUUCCCUCAAUCUAAAAAAAAACAUUUUGGAUGUUGAUUACGACUCGGGGACCCGUGUGGUUCUGUUCAUUCAUCUUUGGGACUGUGAUAUCUACCCCCUGACUUUUGGAGUGUGACCCGUGUACAAAAUCGUACAGAAGAUACCGGAAAACUCCAACGUUAGAAGUUAACGUAGUAAAAAUAGUACCAUGAAAAAAUACUGCUCAAGAAGCUUCAUUUGAAUGGAUAUUAUCCCACUGACGCAAAAGUUGGGACUGCAUACUAAGCAGCAUGUACCUUGUUAAUGAACUGUUGAAGAGUUUUCAUUUGAAUGAUUUCGCAAAGGGGGUUCUUUCCGACAAUCAAAAUUAAGAACUGGAUUAUACCAUUAGAGUUAAUGUGGGUGUGAGUGAGCCUUAAUUCGCAAAAUGUAAGUUCAUCGUAUUCCUCAAAUUCCAGUCACAUUAAGCCACAUUCCGUCCCCGGCCACUAUCGAUUGAAAAUUUGAUAAAUUUAUAGUGAAAAAGUUAGGGUUUUAUUAGUUAUUGAUAGAGGUACCUGCUUUAAACAGGCUUUUUUUACAUGGACACACAAUUGGGGAAGAAACCUUUGGGACUCGCAGACGUUCGUGCCUGCUUAAUGCAGCUUUCAUUUUAUACAGAGCAGAGAUCAUCAAUGAUAAAGCAUCUUUGUAGUCAGAAGUUAAUGGGACUCUUCUUUAGGUCAUGCAUUUCAAUGAAUGUUUCAGUUUUGUUUAUCGACAUAAUUUAAUUCGUUUUCAAGGUAGAGGGUCGGUCGCAACGUAGUGUGGUUUUAUCCAGCUUUCAUUCUUGACAAUCGUUUAAGCAAGAGUUUAUUGGGACCCAAAGUAACUCACACAUGUACUUUCAGUGAAUUGGUUUUAAUUUUGUUAACACUAUAGCGUGGUUUAUAUUUUCAGGGCAACGAGUCUGUACACAACAUCCUUCACAAAGUUCAGAACUUAACAACAAAUUUGACAAAAGGUAUGAUUUGCCAGUAUACUCCUACUUAUAUGAACAUAUCAGUUGCUUUUAUACGGUAACUCCGUGAUCAAAAACCCUGAAACUCCUGAGUUUCCUAAAUGAUUUUCUUUGUUUUAUGACUUCAGACUUUCAGAAAUUUUCUGAAAAAAUACAAAAUGUUGACGCUGAUGUAUUGAAGCCUUUAAAAAAUGACAUUAAUAAGGUAAGAAUACCUUACAAUUACCUAGGUAUCAACAAAUCAAUAUUUUUAACAACAAAGUGAAGUAUAUUCACUGUUGAAACCUCAUCUUCUUUAGCAUUAAAGCUUUUAACAAAGUAAGGAGAUCGUCUAAUGUGGAGCAUGUCGAAUUUCCUACAUAUACAUCUUGCAUACAUUCAGGUCUGUUUUCAUCUCCUCUUUUGUAUUUUGAGCUUUUAUAAUUUUGUAGGUUCUGUUUGUUCUUAUUAGAUGUCGAAAUUUCAUUUUUUUAGGCGACUUUUUUUUCUCUUGAAACUAAGCUUACAAUUUGGCUCCUAUUCCUUACUUUACUUGGAAAGCGAUUCAUUCUCUGCCAUCAGCGAUGUUUGUAAGAAAACCUUUCAACCCGGUCUUUUGGAAUAGGAAUAUCGACGUGAGAUAUUUGUACCUGUUUAGAGCGUAAUAUUAUUUGUACUCUACUGAGUGUAGUUAAAUAAUAUCUGGGCUGUGAUUGAUUUUGCGGGCCCUAAUCUAUUGUAUGGCGCGCUACCUUAAUUUUCCGCACGCCCGAUUGAGAGAUAAUUAUUACCAUGCAAACAUCGUUCUCUCUGUCUGUAAUGUAAGUUUUGGAUCCUGGUGUUUUCCACUGAUUUAUGGCCUGGGUGCGAUACUCCAUCCAUAACUCACAGAACACUCCCUUACAACUUAGCUCUUCUUUGUAUAUACGCAGUUUGAUUAUUCACAACUCAUUCCAUGGAGUUUCCUUAUCUUUUGACAGUAUUUACAAAAUUCGCUAUACCCAUUAAGAGACAAUGUGGAUGACAAGUAUCUUGGGCCUAAUGGAAUGCUCUCCAAAUAUGACAAGUACAGGUACGACUUUAAUUUGCUGCAAGUUGUGUAGGAAGUUAUACUAGUUAUGUCACUGCUCAUAGGGGGGUCAGAGUGAAUUUAGCGUUAUGCCUUUUGGAUUAUGCAAUGCUCCUUCAACCUUUUAGAGGCUCAUGGGACCUUUGCCAGGUGGAACACCAUUGGAGGUGUGUGAAAACGCGUGCGUGAAACCAAAAUAUAUUUUUUUGUAUUUUGGAACGCGUGGACAGCGUUAAAGGUGAAGUCUCAAUGAAUCAGAGCGAUCAAUGCAGGCUUUGUACAUUUGUCUUUUCCUUUUUAUAAAAGGAAGGACCGCAAGGGUGAAGUUUUAGCUCAAAACUUCCAGAAAGUUGGAUUUGAAAUGGUAAAAUGUGACAAGCAAAGUUCUUUUGUCUCUUCUCAUAAAAGCUAGGCGCUGCGCAUAAACAUGUUCCAGUUUCAAGUCGAUCUGUCUCUCCAAUUGGCAAGAGCGGUGCCGUGUCUGUUGAUCUCAACGAGAACAUUUUCGUAAAAAGAACAAAGCUGACCCGGCAACUGAUGAAUUUCGCGUGGAGAACCGAAACCAUGGUCUUGCAUGAUCAGAAAGUAGCAAUAACAGAACAAUCGAAAUUCAAAAGUUAUUACCAAGUAAUCAUUGCUUAAUCAGCCAUCUCGAUUGAGUCAAAAUGUAGUUCUCCAUAGCUGUUGUGGCUUCUGUUUAAAGUGAAAUCCAUUCUUCGAAAUUUGGAUGUGUAAAUCACUAUCCGAGAGAAUUUUUAAACAUCCCAUCAAACAAAAAGACAACACCAACGAGCUGGGCCCAGCAUGACAAUACAUUGAAGUAAACCAUCGCAUUCCCUGACCAAAGAAAAUCGUUUUUUAGUUAUUUUAAGGUUGUCAGAUCCAGGAGGCACUUUGGAGAAUAAAUUAAACGACUUUAAACCCCUUUUUUAGUCACAAGAAGAGCUUUGCAUUUCAAAAGAAGUCAAAGAAAAUGCUCUUGCACUGGAGGGCAAAUCUUGCCGACCAGAAUAAACAACAACUACAGAAAAUUAAUAUGAGUGUCACGCACCAUACAAAACCUCUCAAUAUGAAACAAACCUUUAAUCGUCACAUGUCAAUAUUGUUCGACUAGCCGAGCCAAUCAGGCGCUGCGUUCGCUGGCGAACGUAGUUUUUCAAAAUCGAGGGGUUUGGCAAGCGUUUCCUUCCUUCUUCUCCCCCUCCCCCCUCUUUCAUUUUUGGCUCUCGUUUCAUUUCUCGCGCGGCCAAAACCGAAAAGUCCUUUCCUCGGUCUUUCCUUGCUCCGAAACCAAACGGAAACGCUUGCUACGCAGGCCAGACGAUUCAUUGAAACUCCGUUUCCCAUGGAGACGAUUUAUCUGUGGGACCGAUUGAGUUUCACACGUCUGGUCAAUAGGUUCAGUUGAAGGGAAUACAAGCACUGCGUUUGAAAGGCCAGGAACUUAAGUAUUUUGGGUUUGUUUUGGUUGUAUGGGUUAUCUGUCCGAAUGGCCUCGCACGUAAACUAAACAAAGUAAGAAGUGUUCGAAAAAGGGGAAAUUUAAGACCCACAGGAAAAGAAUGCCAGACUUCUCAUGGUAAUGAAAAGUAUUGAAGUGCAACAGUGAAGAAAGCUGAUGUAACCAAGAUUGAGGUACCAGCCAAAGUUCUUGGCUUCCAGCCUCCCUCUCACGAAAAUCCCCACCUAAAGAGCCACCAUGCUGAGGAGAUUAUCGCAGAAGACGACAUUCAGCUACGGAAAUAGGUUGGAAACUUGUACUUCUCGAGAAUGUCAUGUUGUAUUGUUGCCACCUGCACCAGAAUGAUUAGUCUUGUUGCAUCAUAUGCAACAUCUCUGUGUCUCAACAGUGAAGCCGUAAACCUUGUCAAGAGGGAAUUGCUGUUGUGUAGGUGACGCCAAGUACUUUGGUUCUGCACACCGGAAUAACAUCAACCACUUCUAACACAUUGGCAACUCAGCAGCCAAGCUAAAGGAAGAUCGUGUUUUUUAUAGGGCAUCCUAAACUUGCUCUCUGACUCUUAUUUAAAACAUUGAAUUCGUUAAUUAAAGGACCAAAGGUUAGGGGAAAAUAACGUCUGGUAGAAAUAAGGAUUGAAGGGAAACACCCUGAUACACAACUGGAAUGAUGAAAAGUAUGAGUUAGAGUUAGAGGUCAAUGAAGACGUCUUAUAAUCAGCAAGAAUAGACGAAAUGAUCAGCCCCGAAAUUGCAAAAAAUGUAGCUACUCUAAGAGUAAAGAUACUGCCUGCUAUCAGGGUACUAAGUAUACUUAGGUCAAAUUACUACAACUUUCAAUUUCUUUACUGCAGGCUUUGGCUGCCCACACCCUUCGUACCCCGAAAAGAAAAGAACAAGUAGAUCCAUUAUGUGCAACAUAUCCCCAGAUAACGGUUAAAUCACAUGUUCUUUUUAAUUUAUUUUUUCUUGAGGCAUGUGGCCUUCAUUGUGUUGGGUACAUUGACUCUGCUGGAUGCUUUGCUGUUGAUUGUUGCUGUGAUACUUGGCCAGAUUGGCUCAACCACAUAUGACACGCCCAGCAGCAGGAGCAACUGUACAGACUGGGGCGGAAGGCUUAUGAUUGGGUAAGUGUCUCGUUUAUUGCUGAAAGAUUUGAACUCAGGAGUCAGUUCAGGUGGAAUAUGAUCGCCCGGGUGUGCGUAGUCCUGAAUAGNCCUUCGUACCCCGAAAAGAAAAGAACAAGUAGAUCCAUUAUGUGCAACAUAUCCCCAGAUAACGGUUAAAUCACAUGUUCUUUUUAAUUUAUUUUUUCUUGAGGCAUGUGGCCUUCAUUGUGUUGGGUACAUUGACUCUGCUGGAUGCUUUGCUGUUGAUUGUUGCUGUGAUACUUGGCCAGAUUGGCUCAACCACAUAUGACACGCCCAGCAGCAGGAGCAACUGUACAGACUGGGGCGGAAGGCUUAUGAUUGGGUAAGUGUCUCGUUUAUUGCUGAAAGAUUUGAACUCAGGAGUCAGUUCAGGUGGAAUAUGAUCGCCCGGGUGUGCGUAGUCCUGAAUAGCACUGUUGUUGAGAGUGCCUGACGUUUCGACAACCUGUGCAGUAGUCAUCGUCAAGGUGAUACAACUCACUUUGACUCUGAAGAUGACUAAGGAACAGGUUGUCGAAACAUCAGUCACUGUCAACGACAGUCCUAUUCAGCACUUCGUUCACCCGGGCGAUCACAUUCCACUUACGUAGGUCUUGCUAGAACCUACACAGUUCUUAAGAUACUGAAAGGAAGGUCAAACUACGUGUGAAUGUACUAUUGUCCUGGAAUAAAGGUUCUGCAACUUGAUUUGACCGAAGAUUAAUUUUUAUUCUUUCAGAGCUGCUGGACUGUUUUUCUUCUCCGCGUUUCUCAUAAAUCUCCUGCUUGGAAUUCUCUUUCUUUUGGGGUCAAAUAUUGCGAUUGUCUGUGACGAUUUACCUGAUUAUAAGUUCCUUCAAAAGGUCAGCCCAUCCUCGAUUGACUAUGUUACUGUCUCAUAUAUUACCCAUAGCAAGAAAGUAGUUGUUGCUAUAGAGAUAAGUAAACGUUGCAUUGGAAGCAAAGAAAGUAUGUAAUUGAUAGAGGAUAUUACAUGGCCGCUGCGCUCACUCGUGAGAUAUUUUUUCAACACGAGAAGAGAAAUUUCGUAUCUCCAAGCGGCCAUGUAAUGUUCUACUUAUUACAUAAACACCAAUGAACUGCUAAACCAUUUCACUUUAACAGUUUUUUGGUGUGAAAGGGGCGAUCUAUUAUGUAGCCAUAGCAACGGUGAUAUUUUCACAUGUGAAGGUAACAUGUUAUUUUCACACGUGAAGAUAUCAAGUUUUCGCGCUAAAGCUCACCUGGUAUUUCAUUGGUGUUUAUUUAAUAAAUAGUUAUAAUACCAGAUUAUCUAGCUAAAUGACUUAUGCUUUUCCGAAAGCCAGGACAACUUAUGGAAUCGUCAACAUAGGAUUUCAGUGUGCUUUAAUCUGGAAUGACAUGACUGAUGACAUAGAGCUUCUUCCUCUCAAACAUUUUCAGAAAAAUCUAAAACUAAUUCUUCUUAAAAACCACUGAAAAUUGUAAUAUUUAACACCAUGAUUUUUCUGGCCUUCCGUCGUUUUGACAUUGAUAUCCUUAGCUUUUUUUGUUUUCUUCAUUUUGUGUCCCUCUACAGUAUUAGUUGUUUGGACAUUGUUGUCAAAUUGACUUAUAAUGGGAUGGUACGUGGAUGUGAGUGUCAAAUGAAAAACUAAUAUCAAGCUUUGUGCUUCCUGAUCGUUUUAGCAUUGAUGGCAGCUUUGAAGCUUCUUUCUAGCCUUUGUCUUUCCUGGAACUUUGUGAAACCAGACUUGCCAUGCUGGCUGCUGUUGCUGCUGCUGGUUCAAUUAAAAGGAACCUCUUGUAGAUUAAACCAGACUUGCAUCCGGGCUUACCCGGGAGGUCACUUAAUUAAUUGCUUUUUUUUUCAGACCAUAGAUGACCCCAAAAUAAUGGGAGAGUAUAUAUUGUCUAAAGCGCUAUUCAAAGAUGGAAAUAUUCCGUUGACUACGUCUGGAAUCCUUAGGUACGUUUUCCUUUUUUUAAAACAGCUUUACAGUGAUCUUCGUGUGACCGUGCUUAGGUGUAGUUGCAUUCAAUCAAACCUCUUCUAACGGAAACGUUUCCCAUACUUCCCAUACGACUGUCAAUUAAAGGAAAAAAAGUAAAACUUCAUAGUUAUACAGGACUGAAAAUACCUUUUCUUUCAAGAAAGGAUGUGUGUCCGAUAUAUCUGACCAUUGUAGUGGGAAAGACCCGAAAAGACCCGCAUCUGUUUGUCUGACGCAUUAGGUUACGCUCCAUCUUCAUUUCAUGUCGCACGCAAAUUACGUCGUUUUUUCGACGCAACAGGUGACACUUCACCAUCAUGUCAUGUAGCACUCCGAUGACCACAACUACCACUUUUUGCAAAAAUUUUUUUUUCAGUAGAAAAGAAUAAAUUGAUAAAAUGACAAACAGCGACUAGAGCGUAAUAGAUUCUCAUUGUUUGCCAACUGAAUCACACAGUGUUUUGUCUGGUUUUCAGAAUUAUCGCUUUUCUUACUGACGGACAUUAUGGACAUACGACAUGACUGCAUAGUGUUACAGUUUCCUAUAGUAACUGUAAACACAAGAAAUUCGGAAAGCUGAAAUAAUGCAGGCAGUAAACUCUGUCCCUUUAAUUGUUGCCGCAAAUUUUGAUUGUUAGUUCCCCUUGAGGCAGUUGAAAAAACGCUUUCAGUCAUGCUGUAGCUGUGUUCUUUUUAUCGUUCUAGUGAUUGCUCUAAAAACGAUGCUCCAUGGGAUGCUUUUAAGAUGGAUAAUCUGUACAAUCUUUCAGAUGUGCUAAGUUACAAAGAUGUAAGUCAUUGUUUACAGCUCUUUCGAGAAAAGUUGUCAGAAAAAAUGUGCACGCGACAAUCCUGAAAGCUAAUUUGGGAUAUGUUCAAUACACUGUUCCCAACGACUGUAGCUGUCGAACCUACUUUUGCUACUUUCCUUUAGCACCCGCAAACAUAUGUCCGUGGCCUCCCAUGCCAUUCUUUCAAAUGUCUCUAAGAAAAGUGCACUCAAAACCACCCAUAAUGCCUUUCGGGAUUGUCGCGUGCACUUCUUCCGACCAGCUUUCUACGCCUAGCUUGUCAGUUCACGCGGGAGCAAGGGCAACAUGUUGAGCGGUGUUUACAUGAGAAAAACUGGCAACGGCUUAUACCAGAGUAACGGGUUGUUUACACGAGAAUUUCCCUCCGGUGCGAAAUCUCGCAACGCCACUCGUGUAAACGAAUACAGAGGCAUGAGGGGAUCGAAGUGAACACGCAUCCAGUGAUAUGGGCGCCCUUGCAUCAAGUAAAUAUCCUCGUUAAAAAAGAAAAUGCUAUGCUAUGGCUUUGGUCAUGUGGAUUAUUUUCAGUUCUUUUUAUUUUCAGAAAAUUCCAGGAAUAGAUAAAGUGUUUGCGGAACUAAACAGCACAAUCACCGACACCAAUGUUUUGUCUGGAGAAGCUAAGACAACAGUCAAUGAUUCUUUGAAUGCUGGGGUCCAUGAAAUUAACUACACUCAGUUCGAAGAACAGGUCAGGUCAUCUUGAUCUUUUAAACUACGUGCAAACGGACGCAACAACUCCUAACAUUGUUUGUUGGGCCAACAUUGCUUGGAGUUGCGUCCGUAUUGGCAGUGGUGUGCAAACAGAUGUAGCAACUCCCAACACUGUUGGGACAUGCGGUGCAUCGUGGGAAGGAUACAACCUAUAAGACUUUGGAGACCAUGUGUAAUGCGCGUGCGUAGUCCCAACAAUGCCGACAAAGUUUGAAGACCUGUGCAAACAGAUCCAACAUUGUUGCGCUGCUCUUCGGUAAUUACGGAACAAAAGAAAUGUUGGGAGUUGUUAGCCCAAAAAUUUGACCGGUUUCAAACUUUGCGCAACAACUCCCAACAACACACAACAAAAUGCACCAGGCUAUGCAAACGGACGCAACUUGUAACAUCCAACCGUGUUAUAUUCUUAGACUUACACUCAACUAAACAGGGACUGCUAUUGGUUGAUUCUUGGUCACAUGGCCUUGAAUAAAAUAAAAUGUAUCCCGAUCGUGAUACAUCUGAGCAAUUGUACCCCGCUCGGGAUACAUUACGAUGAACAUUAAAGCAUGGUAGAAAGUGGCGUGACAGAAGGAGGGAAAAACACUCCCAGUUUUCUUUUUCGUGAAUGAACGCAACAACACAAACAUGAAGCCUCAACCUAUAUAUAAGAAAACUAACUGUUUCCCUCGGGACCUGACAUUAAGUGUAUAAUGUUGCGUCCGUUUGUACAGGGCUUUAGCCCCAGCGGUAAUGAUCAUCAAUUUCCAAUGACAAGUACAAGUACAAGUACAAGUAACUUAAAAAAUGCUUAAUACGGUCUUGAAGCCGUAAGUGAUUAGAAACUGGGGCCUGCUUCUCGAAAAUCCAGUUAACUUUUCUAAAGGAUAACAGCGCGGGUUUUCGAUUACAAACUGGUCCAUUUGGUUUUGUUAAGGGAUAGUUUUGUCCUACUAUCUGCAAAUUGAACUGUUGAAACCAUGAUCUUGAAUGGUAACAGAACAGUUUUCCGUGUCUGUUAAUUUCUCGAGAAAUGGAGCCCUGGUUGCUCAAGAGAUUUUCUCUUGAUACUUUUAGACACUUACCUUUACUUUUUACUGUUAAAACAUACUUUGAUGACUUGGUUACCAGAGUCUUUUUGGUAAUUGUACGGUGUAUUGUGCGUUUUUAAAGUAAAAUUUGAAUUCCGCUAUGCCCAAGGAAAAGCGAAAAGUAUGUUUAACCUUCAAGCUCUUUCAUUUUGCUAUCCAAACUCCCUUCAAUUUAUUUUGACCCGUAAAGAACUCAGCACGUAUGGCAUUUGGCGAAGUAUGACUGUUGAAGUCUCACGCUUUUUUUUUUAGUGUUCCAGCAAUGUUCCGAAAAACACCCUUGCACAUAGUGACAGAUGCAAUGACACAUUUUUUCCACAGGUCAACAAACCCAUUGUCAAAGUUUCGUUACAGGAAUUUGUAUCAAACCUUACUAAGGCAGCUAAAGAGAUGAAAACUGUUAGUCAGGUAAAGUCCACUUGUGUUCAGUAUGAUAUUCUGGUAAAUUGCAUACUCACCCCUCCCCUGACCCAACCGUAAAACUUACUUCUCACUUGGGGGAAAACGUUGGGUUUAGGGAGGGGUAGGUGGUACUGACUAGUAAGUUCAUAAAGCUACUUUAAUUUAAAUCUUUUAUUCAGACAACCAGAUCAAGGAUUUGUGUGUACGUUUUGUUGCAGCAAGCAAGUGAUCUCUUGAGUAAAACUGCGAGCAGACUUCAGCAUUUAGACACGAACAGGAGCAACUGUACAGACUGGGGCGGAAGGCUUAUGAUUGGGUAAGUGUCUCGUUUAUUGCUGAAAGAUUUGAACUCAGGAGUCAGUUCAGGUGGAAUAUGAUCGCCCGGGUGUGCGUAGUCCUGAAUAGGACUGUUGUUGAGAGUACCUGACGUUUCGACAACCUGUGCAGUAGUCAUCGUCAAGGUGAUACAACUCACUUUGACUCUGAAGAUGACUAACGAACAGGUUGUCGAAACAUCAGUCAUUGUCAACGACAGUCCUAUUCAGGACUACGUUCACCCGGGCGAUCACAUUCCACUUACGUAGGUCUUGUUAGAACCUACACACUUCUCAAGAUACUGAAAGGAAGGUCAAACUACGUGUGCAUGUACUAUUUAUCCUGGAAUAAAGGUUCUUCAACUUGAUUUGACCGAAGAUUAAUUUUUAUUCUUUCAGAGCUGCUGGACUGUUUUUCUUCUCCGCGUUUCUCAUAAAUCUCCUGCUUGGAAUUCUGUUUCUUUUGGGGUCAAAUAUUGCGAUUGUCUGUGACGAUUUACCUGAUUAUAAGUUCCUUCAAAAGGUCAGCCCAUCCUCCAUUGACUAUGUUACUGUCUCAUAUAUUACCCAUAGCAAGAAAGCAUUUGUUACUAUAGAGAUAAGUAAGCGUUGCAUUUCAAGCAAAGAAAGUAUGUAAUUGAUAGAGGAUAUUACAUGGCCGCGCGGAGAUACGAAAUUUCUCUUCGAGUGUUGAAAAAUAUUUCACGAGUGAGCGCAGCGAACGAGUUAAAAUAUUUUUUCAACACGAGAAGAGAAAUUUCGUAUCUCCAAGCGGCCAUGUAAUGUUCUAUUUAUUAUAUAAACACCAAUAAACUACCAAACCAUUUCACUUUAACAGUUUUUUGGUGUGAAAGGCGCGAUCUAUUAUGUAGCCAUAGCAACGGUGAUAUUUUCACAUGUGAAGGUAACAUGUUAUUUCCACACGUGAAAAUAUCAUGUUUUCGCGCGAAAGCUCACCUGGUAUUUGACUGGUGUUUAUAUAAUAAAUAGUUAUAAUACCAGAUUAUAUAGUUAAAUAACUUAUGCUUUUCCGAAAGUCAGGACAACUUAUGGAAUCGUCAACAUAGGAUUUCAGUGUGCUUUAAUCUGGAAUGAUAUGACUGAUGACAUAGAGUUUCUUCCUGUCAAACAUUUUGAGAAAAAUCUAAACCUAAUUCUUCUUAAAAACUAUUGAAAAUUGUAAUAUUUAACACCAUGAUUUUUCUGGCCUUCCGUUGUUUUGACAUUGAUAUCCUUAGCUUUUUUUGUUUUCUUCAUUUGGUGUCCCUCUUUAGUAUUAGUUGUUUGGACAUUGUUGUCAAAUAGACUUAUAAUGGGAUGGUACGUGGAUGUGAGUGUCAAAUGAAAAAGUAAUAUCAAGCUUUGUGCUUCCUGAUCGUUUUAGCAUUGGUGGCAGCUUUGAAGCUUUUUUCUAGCCUUUGUCGUCCCUGGAACUUAGUGAAACCAGACUUACCAUGCUGGCUGCUGUUGCUGCUGCUGGUUCAAUUAAAAGGAACCUCUUGUAGAUUAAACCAGACUUGCACCCGGGCUUACCCGGGAGGUCACUUAAUUAAUUGCUUUUUUUCAGACCAUAGAUGACCCCAAAAUAAUGGGAGAGUAUAUAUUGUCUAAAGCGUUAUUCAAAGAUGGAAAUAUUCCGUUGACUACGUCUGGAAUCCUUAGGUACGUUUUCCUUUUUUUAAAACAGCUUUAUAGUGAUCUUCGUGUGACCGUGCUUAGGUGAAGUUGCAUUCAAUCAAACCUCUUCUAACGGAAACGUUCCUCAUACUUCCCAUACGACUGUCAAUUAAAGAAAAAAAAGUAAAACCUCAUAGUUAUACAGGACUGAAAAUACUUUUUAUUUCAAGAAAGGAUGUGUGUCCGAUAUAUCUGACCAUUGUAGUGGGAAAAACUCGAAAAGACCCGGAUCUAUUUAUCUGACGCAUUAAGUUACGCUUCAUCUUCAUUUCAUGUCGCAAGCAGAUUACGUCGUUUUUUCGACGCAACAGGUGACACUUCACCAUCAUGUCAUGUAGCACUCCGAUGACCACAGCUAACACUGUUUGCAAAAUUUUUUUUUCAGUAGAAAAGAAUAAAUUGAUAAAAUGACAAGCAGCGACUAGAGCGUAAUAGAUUCUCAUUGUUUGCGAACUGAAUCAUACAGUGUUUUGUCUGGUUUUCAGAAUUAUCGCUUUUCUUACUGACGGACACUAUGGACAUACGACAUGACUGCAUGAUGUUACAUUUUCCUAUGGUAACUGUAAACACAAAAAAUUCGGAAAGCUGAAAUAAUGCAGGCAAUAAGCUCUGUCCCUUUAAUUGUUGCCGCAAAUUUUGACUGUUGGUUCCCCCUGAGGCAGUUAAAAACGCUUUCAGUCGUGCGGUAGCUGUGUUCUUUUUAUCGUUCUAGUGAUUGCUCUAAAAACGAUGCUCCAUGGGAUGCUUUUAAGAUGGAUAAUCUGUACAAUCUUUCAGAUGUGUUAAGUUACAAAGAUGUAAGUCAUUGUUUACAGCUCUUUCGAGAAAAGUUGUCAGAAAAAAUGUGCACGCGACGAUCCUGAAAGCUAAUCUGGGAUCUGUUCAAUACACUGUUCCCAACGACUGUAGCUGUCGAACCUACUUUUGCUGCUUUCCUUUAGCACCCUCAAACAUAUGUCCGUGGCCUCCCAUGCCAUUCUUUCAAAUAUCUCUAAGAAAAGUGCACUCAAAACCACCCAUAAUGCCUUUCGGGAUUGUCGCGUGCACUUCUUCCGACCAGCUUUCUACGCCUAGCUUGUCAGUCCACGCGGGAGCAAGGGCAACAUGUUGAGCGGUGUUUACAUGAGAAAAACUGGCAACGGCUUAUACCGGAGUAACGGGUUGUUUACACGAGAAUUUCCCUCCGGUGCGAAAUCUCGCAACGCCACUCGUGUAAACGAAUACAGAGGCAUGAGGGGAUCGAAGUGAACACCCAUCCAGUGAUAUGGCCGCCCUUUCAUCAAGUAAAUAUCCUCGUUUAAAAAGAAAAUGCUAUGCUAUAGCUUUGGUCAUGUGAAUUAUUUUCAGUUCUUUUUAUUUUCAGAAAAUUCCAGGAAUAGAUAAAGUGUUUGCGGAACUAAACAGCACAAUCACCGACACCAAUGUUUUGUCUGGAGAAGCUAAGACAACAGUCAAUGAUUCUCUGAAUGCUGGGGUCCAUGAAAUUAACUACACUCAGUUCGAAGAACAGGUCAGGUCAUCUUGAUCUUUUAAACUACGUGCAAACGGACGCAACAACUCCUAACAUUGUUUGUUGGGCCCACAAUGCUUGGAGUUGCGUCCGUAUUGGCAGUGGUGUGCAAACAGAUGUAGCAACUCCCAACACUGUCGGGACAUGCGGUGCGUUGUGGGAAGGAUACAACCUAUACGACUUUGGAGACCAUGUGUUAUGCGCGUGGGUGGUCCCAACAAUGCCGACAAUGUUUGAAGAACUGUGCAAACGGAUCCAACAAUGUCGCGCUGCGCUUCGGUGAUUACGGAACAAAGGAAAUGUUGGGAGUUGUUAGCCCAAAAAUUUGACCGGUUUCAAACUUUGCGCAACAACUCCCAAAAACACACAACAACAUGCACCAGGGUAUGCAAACGGACGCAACUUGUGACAUGCAACAGUGUUAUAUUCCUAGACUUUCACUCAACUAAACAGGGACUGCCAUUUGUUGAUUCUUGGUCACAUGGCCUUGAGUAAAGUAAAAUGUAUCCCGAUCGUGAUACAUCUGAGCAAUUGUACCCCGCUCGGGAUACAUUACAGUACACUGAAGAUCAAAGUAUGGUAGAAAGUGGCGUGACAGAAGGCGGGAAAAACACUCCCAGNCCAAAAAUUUGACCGGUUUCAAACUUUGCGCAACAACUCCCAAAAACACACAACAACAUGCACCAGGGUAUGCAAACGGACGCAACUUGUGACAUGCAACAGUGUUAUAUUCCUAGACUUUCACUCAACUAAACAGGGACUGCCAUUUGUUGAUUCUUGGUCACAUGGCCUUGAGUAAAGUAAAAUGUAUCCCGAUCGUGAUACAUCUGAGCAAUUGUACCCCGCUCGGGAUACAUUACAGUACACUGAAGAUCAAAGUAUGGUAGAAAGUGGCGUGACAGAAGGCGGGAAAAACACUCCCAGUUUUCUUUUUCGUGAAUGAACACAGCAACACAAACAUGAAGCCUCAACCUAAAUAAAAAAACUGUUUCCCUCGGGACCCGACAUUAAGUGUAUAAUGUUGCGUCUGUUUGUACAGGGCUUUCGCCCUAGCGGUAAUAAUCAUCAAUUUCCAUUGACAAGUACAAGUACAAGUACAAGUACAAGUACAAGUACAAGUACAAGUACAAGUACAAGUAACUUAUGCUUAAUACGGUCUUGAAGCCGUAAGUGAUUAGGAACUGGGGCCUGCUUCUCGAAAAUCUAGUUAUAGUCAGUUGGUUAGUCUAGUUAGUCUAGUGUAUUGUGCGUUUUUAAAGUAGAAUUUGAAUUCCGCUAUGCCCAAGGAAAAGCGAAAAGUAUGUUUAACCUUAAAGCUCUUUCAUUUUGCUAUCCAAACUCCCUUGUUCAAUUUAUUUUGACCCGUAACGAACUCAGCACGUAUGACAUUUGGCGAAGUAUGACUGUUGUAGUCUCACGCCUUUUUUCGAGUGUUCCAGCAAUGUUCCGAAAAACACCCUUGAGCACAGUGACAGAUGCAGUGACACAUCUCUUCCACAGGUCAACAAACCCAUUGUCAAAGUUUCGUUACAGGAGUUUGUAUCAAACCUUACUAAGGCAGCUAAAGAAAUGGAAACUGUUAGUCAGGUAAAGUCCACUUGUGUUCAGUAUCAUAUUCUGGUAAACUGCAUACUUACCCCUUCCCUGACCCAACCGUAAAACUUACUUCUCACUUGGGGGAAAACGUUGGGUUUAGGGAGGGGUAGGUGGUACUGACUAGUACGUUCAUAAAGCUACUUUAAUUUAAAUCUUUUAUUCAGACAACCAGAUCAAGGAUUUGUGUGUACGUUUUGUUGCAGCAAGCAAGUGAUCUCUUGAGUAAAACUGCGAGCAGACUUCAGCAUUUAGACACGACGGAGGUCAACCCAGCCAAACAGCAAGCCGUAAGUAUUGCGCGUGAGGAGGAGGUUUUUAGUGCAACUGCGGAUCAGUACACCUACAUACGUUACCUACCCUUUCCUAACCCAAAAGUCUUCUGGAAAUGAGAAGGUAGUGUUAAGUAUUGUUAUAGAGAUUGUUGGGCAUUGUAGUAGUAAAGUACUCUUUCUAAUGCAAAGCGAAAUCAACGUCACAGAAAACGGCGUUUUAUCUAAGAAUGAAAAUGGUUUUUGUUUUCCAGACUAAAGCAUAGUGAGUCUCUAUAAUUUUUUUUUCUUUUAUGGGAGGGGGACAAGAUAUUUGCAUGGAUUCUGUUUUAAUAUGUUUUGCGAAAGGGAAUAUCCAACGCAUUCUUUUUGUGAUCAAGAAGAAGAAAACCAUCGACUUGUACUGAAUGGAAAGGGCUCUUUCGUGGCUAACGUGGAAUACGUAAAGCCCUUUCUUUGUCCUAGAAUCCGAUUUUAAUGAUAAAAGUUUGUCCUUUGUUUCAGAAAAGUCUGGGUCAACUUACCAGGCAGCUCAAAGAACAGGGGAAUGUUAUAGUGGUAAGGCAAUACGCUUUUUUUUUCUUUUGCUAAACGGCUGUAUUAAAUUGCGUUGAAGAGAUUUUAACGGAAAAUAUUGAUUAUUAGGUUUUUUUCAUGGCACCGCCAGUCGGCAAAUGUGAAAUAUUUUUAAGGGCGAAUGUUACGAACAAAUGUAACAGUGAUUUUUGGCCAUGUUUUAGUUUUGUUUAGAGUGGUUUUCGUUUGAGUGUCGUAAAACCAAAACCAAAGUAAUUACUCUGGCCAAUCACAUAGGACACAGACAAGACAUUGAACCAAUCAAAACUCGAAGUAAUUACAUGUGGCUGACGCAAAGCGCGGGAAAAUGCAUGCGAGCGCGUCACAAUUGACUUUGGUUUUACUUCUGAUUGGAUGAAAAGGUGGCGCGAAUCUUUUAAGCCAAUCGUAUCGUGUAGAAAGUGCAAAACCAAUUACUUUUCGACACUCAAAUGAAAACCGCUCUAAGGUCAAGUGGGACUCUCUCACGGCAAGAGAAAAAUGGCUGAAAGGAGAGAGAGACUUCUGCCGGCCUCCAAUGUGUUUUCUAUCACGUACGCACCGUUGUUUCCUCAACAGCUGGUGACAUUUUAGUCACGUGCGACACAACUUACAGAACAGGUUUGCGCGAUAACAACUGUCCGAGGGCUCAGAAAUUUCUAGCGUGCAGUCUCGACAUGGCACGCGCAUUCCACGUUGAACGAAACCGGUUUGCAAAACAUUUAAGUAAGUUUCAGCCACAAAUGUGGUUGGUGGCUACAUAAAAGAACGCGCCAGAGACCGGCAGUGGUCUCUCUUUUUCUUCUUCUCCUGUCGUUAGAGAUCUCUGCUAGCCUACAUGUAGCAGCACCCUUCAAGGGGGGAAGCAUAUUCUGUUAGAGGUAUUUAUCCUUUACCAUUCCAAUGUUUGGCUCCUAGGAUUCUGCACAACGAGUGGUGGAAGAUGGAAAUAAAGUGGCACAUUUUUUUAAAAAUGACGCAUUAGCCAUUGCUGCUAGAGUAAGUGUUUGUAAUUAUCGCUAAUCAACAAUUAUUGGAUGAUAAUUUCACAAGUGAAGAUUUCGCCGUUGCUUUAAAUCUUAAUAACCUGUGUCUUUCGCUGAAAAAAAAAAAAUCUGAAAUAGUUUGCUAUUUCAGUGGUGAAACACCAAACUCUGCGCUUACUCGUGAAUAUUAUUCAUUAAUCGAAAAGAAAUUUUGUAUCUCCGCGCGGCUAGUGGUAUCCUCGAUGUAAUCUGGUAAUGCAUUACAUUAGCGAACAAGCGAACAAGAACUUGAAACAAACACUCAAGUACAAAUCAACUUGCCUGCAACAUUUAAAAGCCGUCAACCUUUUUCCCGCAGCUUCAAAGAAAGUCACUAAACACAGCCCGCAAAGUUGUCUCUCGUUUUUUGAAGAUCGCCAAAAAUCAUUUAAUAUAAAGUCCUUAUGUACACUCUUUGUUUUCUAUAAGAGUAUAUUUUCUAAGAAUAUCUUGGCUGAAAUUUGCAAAAUUUUAAGAAUAUUUUAAGAAUAAACCUGAGGCUGAGAUUUCGAAAAGGGUGAUUAUUUUGAGUGAUGAAAAUCUAAAAAAUAUGUUUUUAACUUAACCGUAUCAAAUUAUUACUUCCUCCCACGGCAAAACUACCCAGCAAAACGAAGAAACCAGCAUUGAUUAUAGCCAAAUGUUCAGUCCCAUGAACGGUACAUGAAAUACCUAUCAUUCUCUAGUAUACUGCCAAAAAAAAAAAAGAAAAGAAAAAUGAACAAACCGCAAAAAGGAUAUAAUAAAUUCUUUAUUUUUCAAUUAUACUACUACACGAGAAAUUUUUGCAAUUUGAUUGGCUUAGAUCAGUGGUAUUUCAGCUUAAUUUGAAAUACCUACGUGUAAAAAUUACAAACCUUUUGUGGGUAGUUGUUGUGGUAUUUCAAAAUUGUCUCAAAUUUCACUCGCCUAACGGCUCGUGAACUUUCGUAUUAAUAACAAUUGUGAAAUAUCACUCGUGGUAUUUAUGCCAAAUAUCAUUACAAAUCAUGCUAUUACCUAUACUAGUUCAAGAAUAAUACAAGAAUAUUUUCAGGCUAAAAUAGGCCUGGCCCGAAAAAACAAUAUUCUUAUAUAUAAUUAAGAGUGUAUACUUUACCUGAUUCUGCCAGUUUAUUUUCUUUUUGACUCAUGUUUAAACGUCGGAAUAAUUGAUUGUAAAUUAGCUAACUUAUUAUCCACUUGUUUUGAUUUCUGCUUUCUUAGGGUGUUACGAAGCACUGGAACACUGUUUUUGGCGAUGUGGAUUAUUUCUUAGCCUUUGCUAUAAAUCAGGUGAACACUUAAUUCGGUGUCAACUUUACCUGGGGAGCGGAAAGUACUUUAUAUGAGUGUCAAUGUAUUGAGCAUUAAAGUACUACUUGAAGACACCAUUUUAACGCCUCCUUCCGGAGAUGGGACCAUUAUUUUAUCAAUUGUUCAUGUAGGGGUGUAACGAUUCGUAUUCCUUGCGGUUCGAUUCGAUUUCGAUUUCGAUUAUUUCGAUUGAUUAUGUAAAUGUUUCAUAAUUCUUAUAACACAACGCGUAAUGUACACAAGAUGCAACCCUAAACCCUCAAUUUGAGAAUAGUAGCAGGGAAAGGAGGAUUCACAGUCGCUUGGUUCGUCGCCAUGUUUGAGAACCUGACAAAGAGCGUGUCGUACAUAGUUUGCCUUAUUUGGAAAUCCUCAAGGGGUGGUUGAUAGACAGCAUUUUUACCAGGCAACACAAAAUGGCGCACGAAAUGCUAUCGUCUUAGCUCGUGAAUCAUAAAAGCGUAAUUUAAAGCGUUCUGGAUUCCGAUUUUACAAUCUAAUAACUCACUAAGGGCGGCCUGGAAAAGGUGUGCUUAUUAGCUUGGUUUAAGCUUUGUACCUUCGUUUGUUAGCACUUAGCUUGGCUUGCCAGUAUUAGCGCUAAUUAGCUCUUAAGCUAAUUAGCAAUGUGGUGAUACAUGUACCAGUAGGCUCGGUGCACUUCAACCGUUUGCAGGGAAAAGGCAGUACCCUCAUUUCUCAGUUAUUUUAAGACCCUGAGUAUUGGUUCCGGUCCCGGAAAUCGAACCCUCGACCCCCUCCCGACACAUUCAGUUUUCAAAUGCCGACCUCAUUGAUGAUUUAAAAGCCGGAUUCGAUAUCCAACCACGGUUGAGCCGGGUUUUUAUCUGAUAUAGACAAAUUUUGGGUCGGUGACCGACUGUUAUUUGCAGACUUGGUUACUGAUAUUAACGAAGUUUCUUGUACAAGGUAAAACGCACUAGGCCUUACCUUUACUCGUUCACAAGCGCUCUGUAUAUGAUUGUAAAACUUGUCAAUAGACCUCUUUAGACUUGUAGGUUUUCUGUUUCCAAUUUAGGUAUUAUUGAGUUCUCUUUCGACCUGUUUCUGCCCAACUUAAGUAUAUGCAUACGGCAAUGUGCCUAUAAGGCCCUGUCCACGUUGUUGUCAUCGAAAACGCAUCGAUUGAUUCGCGUCCACACUACCGUUUUUUUGUGUGUUUUCGACUGUCCACACUAAUACGAUAUGUAUGCGUUUUCGUUUUGAUCCGUUUUCAAGAGCGUUUUAAAAUCUGUGUGUUUUCAAUGAAAACGCUCAGCGUAUUAGUGUGGACGGAUGGCCUAAGCGUAUCGAAAUGCAUGCGUUUUCAAAGGAAAAAGCAUUAGGGUGGACGGAGCCUAAAUUAUGAAAAGAAAAAAGAAAAAUCCUAUGUGGACAUUGCAAGACCUGCAUUGGGAACUAACAACCAUACAAGUUAAUAAAGAGGCCCCCAUUCACGAGUAAUCAGAAGCCAAUGUCAUCGUGAAAAAGGCCAGUCUUUUUGAAGAUGUAUUGAUGCAAUCAUUUACAUGAAGGGUCCAGUAGAAUAAAUUUGAACAAAGUACUCACAAUGCAUCUCCUAUACUUAUUCUAAUCCCCCCUAUAGAUAGUUUAAUUUGGUAGUCUACUGUCCCUAUAGUCACCCGUCCCUUGGCUAAUACCAAGAAACAGCCAACCAUAACUUCAACUACCAUUUAGUUUCUGGGAAAACAAAAACCCUGUGUGGUUAUGUCGUUGGGGGCGUGGGAUUGGUGGGGUGAAAUGCAAAGAUUAGAAAAAUGUUAAAUUUCAUGGGCCGUUGCAUGUUUUUUUUAUAGGUCAAGUUUGACGUCGGCCGAUGUAAACCUCUGUCCAGCAUAUAUCAUGGGCUCACUAACACAGUGUGCCAUCACUAUACGGCAGGAUUGGUAAGAAUCAGUGCACUGUGUUGGUAGAACAUUCAUGGAACCAUUGACUGAAGACAGAAUGUUAAUGAAUAAAAAGCAAGAAUCGUUCCCUCUUAAAGGAAAUGCAAUCUUUGACCAUGGUUUAUUUGCAAUUUAUUCGGGGCUGGAAGGAGGAAGAUGCGGAGUGAGGAGGGAAGGGGGGGGGGGGGGGGGGGUGUUUUUUGGAUUGGUUUUUUGGGGGGGCACAGGUUUCUUUGUCAUUAAAAAAGAUUCGGCACCUUUUAGUAGCUUUUUUUGUACCCGGAACUCUUAUUCUUGUUUUUUCUUUUUUGUUUAACGACAUGCACNAGAAUGCUUCUUGGGUAGCAUUUGGUCUGUGUGCUCUUGUUCUUCUGAUCUCCAUCAUUCUUUGUGUAAGGGCCUCAAAGCAUUUUCGCCGGACAAGAACGAUCAGUGGAAACGAAGACGAUCCAGGUGAGGCGUUAAUCCUGUUUCAACUAUGAAUUGUCUUUUUCCGAGAUCCAAAACCUUUCACUUCCAAAACGAGGCUUAUUGCAAAUCCUUUCUUAUAAACGUGAGUUUUUAUAUUGCUAUACAUGAGAAUAAAAACUGAUUUUCAUGUCAAUAGCUUCGCACUUAUCUUCACAGUUUGAAACUGAGGCUUAAGGCAUAGCCUAUGUACGCCAUUUAUAGAUUAACAAAUUUACACCGCAACCGCCCGUUAGUGCCCCUGUGGAACCACCUUGUUCCACUUUUGACGUCAUCAAUUUUAAAGGUCAUAGACAACUUUAGGCCUCACUUGUGCAGAGGAAUGAGAUGUUUCAAACAGGACGGAUAAAAAACGUUGAAAAAAAAUGUAACUUUUACUAGCCAGUGAAAAUUCUGUUCCAAUAUCAACCUGUACUUCUUUCAAAAUAAUAAACCAUCUUAAAAUGAGGGAAGAAAAGGAAAAGAAGCGGGAAAGCGAAGCUCCGCCUGGUUGACCGUAACUUGCAAACGUCCAAUCAAAUUUUGCCAAGAAACGGAAGACGAAAGCGUGUCAUGCCCCUAGGUAACCCGCAGUUUCAUUUCUUUGCCUUAAGAGUGAUCUAGACUCUAACCGCACCGUUCAGUUAAUGUCUAGUCGGUGUUUUACUGCGUCAAAACGUUUUAAAACAUUUGGCUGAGUUGCUUUUUUCAGGAAUUUCGAUAUCCCAUCUCGCAAGAUUUACUCUAGUCAGUUUAUUUAACUCCUUUACCAGGUCUUGAACCGUCUGUCUUGACUGGGUGUCUUUUUUAGAAAAUGUGUCCUCAAGGCGGGUGUUGACUGUAGAUAUUUUUAUUUUACCUUUUUUGCUGCGUUGUUAGUGAAGCGACCUUCCAAGGGAGUGUCCAAAUACAUCGAAUUCAACCCAGGUUAAAUGCCAUGGUUCGUUCAGCAUUGUGAUUUUCUGAGACUGACUUCAAGAACUAAUCUGGAUAAUCACUUUGUUUUUUCAGCACCCGCUGGAGAAAUAGAAAUGCCCUGGAUGGACAGUGCUGCUGACAAGCAAAACUUAAUUCACACUUAAACUUUUUCGUGCCGAUAAUUCUGUAGGUUAAACCGUGGAAAAAAUCUCAAAUUUCAUUCAUCACAAGGAAGGAGAGUUUGGAAACACCUUGAUUAAAAUGGAUCAGUUUUAUGAUUUCAAGAACAAUACUACAGUGCUUACUGUUAAUAGUGAAUUCUAAGUUCUAAUCAGCUUUUUUUGCCGUUCUUAAGGGUCAGACUCAUGAACCAAAUAGAAAUUGAUUCAUGUGUGAUUCGAGGAAAACGGAUUUAAAGGUUUUGAUAGAUUCGACCUCUUCGCGAUAAAAAUUUAUUGGAAAUACUCUCGUGAUAUUGUAAAAUUAAUAACAACUAAACAAGAAAAAGGGAAAAAAACACCCGGCUUUCGGACACAAUCUCUCUAACUCACACCCAGUUAACAAAAGACUGUUCACAAUAAGAGCGAUUUCACAUGAUGUCACGGCUAUCAUAUCGGUAUUCCGAAACAAUGAAACAUAGGCCCAUUUGGUGUACCAAUAAAAUCUUCUGGAGUUGAACUCUUUUCUUAUUUACACGCUUUCUGUUGUUCCAGAAAGUUAACAUAGAUGAUGGCCACGCGAGUGAAAACGCUCUAUACCCUAUAUUUUUAUUGUGGAGAUCGAGCGCUUUAUUAGGGAGCUUAAGCAACUACGACGACGACCACAACGACAACUUCAAAAAAACAAUAGGUUUAAUGAUCAAAACAACAGCUCUGCACGUGCAUCACGCUUUUUAGUACAUUUCUUUGACGUCCACUGAGCGACUAAGACGUGAAGCCUCCUAAUUUGAAGUUUUAUAGAGGACGUGGACAUACGACGACGAAUUUUCCUUUAUCUUUUCGAACCUGAAUAAAAUCCUUAAGAAUUCUACUCCAGGAAAAGUCGCCCGCAUUUGACAUAUUGAGCGGGUCCAAAUACACGAGAUUAAGUUUGAAAGAACGCAAAUUCAUUUUUUUACCGACGUUUUCACUGCCGUCGUCGUCGUCCUUGCUUAAGGGUCCCUAUUACUUAAAUUGGUGGUCAUCAGCACAUGUACCGAUCAAGGAGGCGUGCGUCGGGAUUUGUAGUUUAAGGUUAUGUUUGGUAUAUUUAAAGCCAAGAUGGCGUCCGUGAUAUCGAGCGCUCGAUCUUGACGAUGUUACGGUAAAUAAGUGGCCUGUUUAUAAACAGUCUUAGUCAAUAUGGACACAAGUCUAGUAUCGAGAAACAACGACUGAAAAAAGAAUUUCUCAGAGAAAUGUUUUUGGAGUCUCUAUUGCGAAUACAUGGUUGUGGUCCUGAAGGUGUCUGUUAUGGCACGAGUUGACUGCAAGUAUUUAAAAUAUGUGUGGGAGAGAAAAAUGUAAUUUCUGUCGUUUGACUGAGCAACAUGGAGCUGACACGGAAGAUGGAGUUGGGUGUUAAAAUUUCAAAGCCAAUUUUUAAGCUGGCAAACAAAUUCGUCUUCCUAUGUUCAUGUCCUCCAUAAAACGUCACAUGAGAAAGUUUCAUGUGAUAGUCGAAUAAGAAAGGCAAAGAAAUAUACUGACAAGUGUGAUGCACGAGCGGAAUUGCAGUCCACGUUUGCGUAAUCUCCCUAUUGUACAAUAGUGAGAAAAUAUUGGCAGAACAAGAACGUUAUAUAAUACAAUGACGUCAGUUUUUAAUCAGUUAUAGUAAAUAAUAGAAGAGGUAGAUAGAAAAAAGAUGUCAAGUUUCAUUGCACGGUAGAAAUAAAAUGAAAAGUCUUUCUGGAG